ACAAACACCCUACUAAAAAAUAUUUUAAAAAUAAUUCAAAAUCGAGGUCGCAUAAUUCGUAAACCAAUCAUCCUUUCCAUUUCAUCUUUGGCAGAGAUGGAUAUAUUUGAAAAUAUCAAUGAAAAUGAUUAUUUCGAAAUAGUAAUGAAUUAUUUCCGUUAUGUCGGUGGCUUUAAUUUAAAAGAAACACUUAAUCUCUGCUUGAAGGAAGGGCUUACGGAUGCUAUAACACCUUUAUUCACUUGGUUCGGCCGUGAAGGAGGGCUACGAAACUCACAACGACUACUUUAUAACUCCCGCCUUAUUAUGGCAAUCUAUGAGCGACGCGCUUGGAAUUCCAAACGCACAUGCGAGAAGCUCUUCGGACAGCUAAGAAGAAACAUAGAAAUAAAACAUGCGGGGCUAAUGCGGAUAGCCAAUGUAAGAAUUGCCGACCGUAAUCUAUAGAGCGACGAGCCACAGGAUGAAAAUGCGGAAUCGAUGGAUGAAUAAGUAUUUUUUAGGUACAUAGUGAGGAUGUCACUAUUGAGACCAAGAAGACACUAGGAGAAUACUCAAGGAUCUACAAGGGAUCAUCUAUUAUUUUUCCUGAAGAAGGAAAAGAUAAUGUGCCAUAUAACAUUAUGAUGUUCAAUGUUAAUGUGUACACAUUUAUUAUCGUGCCACAACUAGAUAAGUAAAUAGAGGAAUUAGCGAGAAAUUGUCGCGACUGCGCGGAAUUCCGUGACAACCCGCCAGAAGCUACACCCGUGGAACUGGCCACAGAAACCAUGGGAAAGAGUACAUACCGACUUCUUCGGAUCGUACAAAGGUCAUAAUUUUCUACUGUUAGAUGCGAGGACAAAAUGGCCCGAGAUUCUUGUGAUGAAAUCGACAACCGCGAAAAAAAUCAUAAAUGCGUUCCGGCAAACAUUUGCGAGGCACGGACUUCCGAUUCAAAUAGUCAGCGACAACAGAUCGCAAUUUAUGAGCGACUUCCAAAAGUUUUUAAGUAAAGCAGAGAUUAAACAUAUACAGUCGACCAUAAAACACUCCCCCAGUAUCAAAUGGAGCAAUAGAAAAUCUAGUAAAAUCAUUUAAAAGAAAACUCAAAAUUAUGCUAAAAAAUAGGAAAACGGCACAAAAAAUGGUAGAUUCAUUUCUAAUGGAAUAUAGGUCGACCCAAUAUUGCACGACGAGAGAAACACCUGCAAAAUUAAUGCUAGGCAGACAACUUCGAAUAAAAUUUGAUCUAAUGCGACCUGAUAUAAACAAACGACAAGAACAAGCGGUGAUGAGACAAAUACGAAAUGCAAAAAGAGAGAGAAAGGCAAGUUUUGCGAGAGAAGAAGAAGUAUGGACAAGAAAUUUUAAUCGCAAUGCGCAAUGGACCGAAGCUACGAUCGAUCAGAAGUUGGGACCCGUAACAUAUACGGCGGAGGCUCGGGCGAAGUAGUCAAGCGGCACGUCGAUCAGCUAGUACGCGCUAGCGCGGCAAAGGCAGGAAAUACAGUCGGGGAAACGAAAUCGAAAACAGAGGUCGCCCCGAAAAUAUCGUUGUGCAGAUCGCCGAGAUUGCAUACGAAAAAACAUUGUAACAAGAUUGUAAAAGAAAAAAAAUCAUGUAAACAAACUUAACGGAGAGGAGUGUAGUGUAUGUGGCCGCGACAGCCAAGGUGUGUUGGCGCGUAUGAAUGUGCGUGUGUAUUUGUGUGUGUGUUAACUUGUAAGGCGACGAGAGUCGUCAGUUGGAAAGUUUCGAGAUAAACAUGCCUCGAAUAUUUCUGUCUUUAUCCUCAACACCACAUUAAUAAUAUAUACCAUUUGUAUAAAAGAUUUAGUAUCAAAAAAGUCCACGCCAAGAAAACGCCAAGUUCUUCUUCUCCUUUUUUUCUGUCUUCUAUUAUAGGCUAGCACCUGUUCCAUCGAUUUUCGCCUCCCCUCCGGCUUUAGACAAUCACUCCAUCUUUUCCUUGGUCGGCUUAUAUUACAUCUGCUGUUCAGUGAUUUAUCUCUAGUGAUUCGAACCGUCUAUCUUCCGUCAUUCGACUUAUAUGCUGAUUCCAUUCCUUCUUUUGUAGCACCCAAUCAUUGAUGUUUUCCACAUUGCGUGCUUGCCUAAUGUUUUUCGUUUCUUUCUCUAUCUCUCAACGUUUUUCCCGAUAUCCGUCUUAGAAUUCUCAUUUUUUUAGUCUGCAAUAGUUGCCUUGUCCUCGCCAUAUCUCGUCUCUGCAGCAUAUGUCAUAAUUGGUCUGAUAAUUGUUUUAUAAAUUUGGGCUUUUGUAUCAUUUCGUAGGUUAUUUCGCCAGAUCAAAUCAUUUAAGCAUCCUGUUAUUUAAUUAGCUUUGACUACUUGUUAUCGUGGCGCCAAAUUAAUGUUACAUUUUCUCGAAAAUUCAAUAUAUAACUGCUUUUAAAAAAUAAAACCCAAAUGA